CUCGACGCGGACACUGCCACCACCACGCCCAGACAGUCCUAUCCUGCGCAACCGAUCCAGCUGCACGCCGCCGUCCCCAUCCCUCACUCUCAAUCGCAAAACUGGCAUCCACCGUCGUCACGCCCGGGCAGAUCAUGGGUGGCCAUGACCGGCCAGCAGUGUCCGUCGAAGAAGCAGAGCACGACUAUGAGGCGCUCCCACCAAACUUUUCGCUGGGCGCGAACAUGCUCGCAGGCGCGUUCGCAGGUAUUGCUGAACACUCGGUCAUGUACCCCGUCGACAUGCUCAAGACGAGGAUGCAAGUCAUCAAUCCUGGACCCUCGGCGACAUACACGAACUCCAUCGCCAACGCCCUUGUCACAGUCUCGAGGGUAGAGGGGUUCAGGUCGCUAUGGAAGGGACUCUCCAGUGUUGUUCUGGGCGCUGGGCCCGCGCACGCCGUGUACUUUGCGUCCUACGAAGCCACAAAACACGCUCUCGGUGGGAACGAGGGAGAGAGCCAUGAGCACCAUCCUCUUGCUGCAGCUGCCAGCGGUGCCGCAGCCACUAUCACCAGCGAUGCGCUGAUGAACCCGUUCGAUGUCGUCAAGCAGCGCAUGCAAUUGCACGGUUCCAUCUACACGUCAGUCGGCCACUGCGCCCGCGACGUCUUCCGCAAGGAAGGCAUUGGCGCGUUCUACGUCUCGUACCCCACCACACUGUGCAUGACGGUGCCCUUCACCGCGCUGCAGUUCAUGUCGUACGAAUCGAUAUCGAAGGUCAUGAACCCCACGGGCCGCUACGACCCGUACACGCACUGCUUCGCCGGUGGACUGGCUGGUGGGUUUGCUGCGGCACUUACUACGCCCUUGGACGUCAUCAAGACACUGCUACAAACACGAGGCAGCGCGCACGACGCUGAGCUGAGGACCGUCUCUGGCCUGGUCCAAGCGGCUAGGAUCAUCCACCAGAGAGAAGGCUGGAAGGGCUACUUCCGUGGAUUGAAGCCCAGGAUCAUCACCACCAUGCCCAGCACAGCGAUCUGCUGGUCUGCAUACGAGAUGGCCAAGGCAUUCUUCAUCGCCCGCAGCACAAACCCUAACACCGCCUUAUAAUGACAAUCUUUCAUGAUUUCACGCGUUCCGUGCAGCGCAUCCUCCUAUAAUGCGACAUACACCCCGGCAGUAAAAGGGAUUUCGAUAUUUCGGCAUAGAGCAGGCUUCCCAGCCGCAUCGUGUGAGCUGCGUAGGCACGCGCGGCGGGCUCCACACUUCGUUGUAUAGUCAUAGAAGCUUUCCUGGCUUUGAUAUCUGGAAGGACCACAUGGCGGCGUCUAGGAUUUUUGACGCUUUUUCUCCUGAGCGUUAUGCAGUCAGCGCAGAUAUGUUUGUACCAUAUGGGGAAUGUAGCAUUGGCGUCUUCCGCCAACUGGCACCAUCGACUCAAUCGCUCUGUCAAGAUCUAGGUGCGCUGAAAAGAGGAGCGCAUAUCGAUAGCAAGAGUGGCCCUAGUGCAGAUCUGAAUACGACCCGCACACGCCCUGUGAUCCC